AUGGCGGGCGAAACCGGGCCCAUCAACGUCUCCCGGGCAAUGGCCAUGUUAAUUGCAGCGUUCUUCGGUAUAUCAUGUUACAAUGUGCUCGAGAUCACCAUUUCGAUCUUCACCACCUUCAGAUGUCGUCGCGGGCUCUACUUCUGGAGCAUGCUGGUCGCUACUUGGGGAAUCCUACUCCACGCUAUCUCGGUAUUCCUUCGUUUCUUCGCACUUGCACCUAAUUUUCCUAUGUGUGUCUUGGUAUGCAUUGGCUGGUACGCUAUGGUGACUGGCCAGUCCGUGGUGCUGUAUUCGAGACUCCACCUGGUGAGUACAGCAGUUCGUCGUCGUCGCUGGGUGCUAUACAUGAUUAUAUCAAAUUUCUUCAUAUUGCAUGUUCCCGUCACUAUACUCUUCCUCGGGAGUAAUGCCGGGGUCAGCAGCUUCGUCGCGCCAUUCAAUAUCUAUGAACGGAUUCAACUAGCUGGGUUCUCGGUCCAAGAGAUCAUCAUAAGCAGUCUCUACAUCUGGGAAACAAUGACAGCGAUGAGACCUGUUCUAACCAUGAAGGGGCGCGCUGGCUACAGGGUCAUCGUCAAUCUCAUUAUCGUCAACACCAUCGCGGUUCUAUUGGAUGCAUCCCUACUCGCCACCGAGUAUACCGACAACUUCGACGUUCAAACAACCUACAAGACGGUAGUCUACAGCGUCAAGUUGAAAAUGGAAUUCACAGUGCUCAACAGUCUACUCACUGUGAUCCACGCAAGUCCCUCGACUAUCGAGGCCCUCCAACGACAGGGCAUAGUUCAUCAGCCUCUAGAGUUGACGCCGACUGGCGGUCGAUCGGCCGACGACCCAAUUCUGCACGUCGAUACCGAAGCCUUCAGCCAAAAUGGAGAGCAAAAUCCCGGAGGCUUUUCAUCCUUCUCACGACAGAGUGGCUAA